GUGUCAACUAAGUAUGGAGAUAUCGAGGGUCUCGUGACUUCGUAUCCGAAUGCCUCUGGUCCGUUCAAAUCUGUCAGCAAAUUUCUUGGCGUUCCUUUCGCCGCUCCACCAACUGGAGAGCUGAGGUUUAAAGCACCACAGCCGCCAAAAAAGUGGAAACCAAAGGUUUAUUCGGCUAAAACCCAUGGAAGCGUCUGCUUACAGUUCAAACUUUUCGAAAACUCAAUCAAGCCUUUUACUUCAAAUUUCACUUUCAGCGAGGAUUGCUUAUAUCUUGAUGUCUACAGCCCGAACAUCAGCCUCAGUUUGCCAGUGAUGGUUUACAUUCACGGUGGAGGUUACGUUUUAGGAACAGCGAUCACUUCUCCUAGCGAUAUCUUGGCUCUCCAGGGGGUGGUGGUGGUCAUAAUCCAGUAUCGUCUAGGUCCCUUUGGUUUCUUGACGACUGGUGAUUCGGCGGCGCCUGGUAACUAUGGGAUGUUGGAUCAAGUGGAAGCACUGAAGUGGGUCAAAGAAAACAUUGAGAACUUUGGCGGGAAUCCCAGCAAAGUGACCAUAUUUGGAGAGAGCGCUGGAGGAUCCAGCGUGGGACUCCAUCUUCUAUCGCCUCUAUCUCGUGAUCUCUUUCAUCAAGCCAUUCCAGAGAGCGGUGUAGAUUUAAGUCCCUUUGCGAUUCAGCCAACGUCUUUUGGUCUCCGUUUCACUAAAGAGCUUGCACAAAAACUGAAUUGUGGUUCCAGUGACCAUUAUGCAAUGGUUUCUUGUAUGCGCAGUAAAACAGCGUCCGACAUGCAAAAAUGAAAAAGAAAAACUAAUGAAAAGGUCACUAAGAAUACAGCCUUGCCCUUCGGCUUAGUUUUAAGGUGACUUGUCAACUGACUCUUAACAUGACUAAAUUCUGUGGAGUUCCAAAUAUGGUGUGGUAUCGCAAUGAAAACAUUUGCCAGUGCUGUCUUGGAAGGUACCUGAUUGUGUCUACUUUCUGCUCAAUCUGUGCUUUAUACUCAGUUGUGACUACAUUUUUAUUUUGUAAAACUAUAAUUGUUCAAAAAGAAGCGACUUUAAAACAUUUAGCCAUAAAAAAUUGCGAGAAAAAACUUUUCUUGAAAACAUUUUUUAAAAAAAGUUUAAAAACAUACUACGUUGUUUCGACGUUCUCAGCUGUCAUUAUCAAGUAAAAAAUGCAGUAUCAUAUGAAUCUUCUAUAAAUGCAAGAAAAACAGUAGCUCAUUAAAAAGAAAAGUAGCAUAUAAAAAAUAUGGUACAAGUUUUAAAACAGAGCGUUUAGUACUGAUUGAGUCACUCUGAGUGUUAAGUCUAGGCCUCAGUUCAGUUUGAUGAAUAGGAUUUACGAGGCAGUCAAAUUUGCCGUGGCAGUUAUCAAGAACGCGAAAUUGACCCUCACUAAGAAGAUGUAUGUCACCAUGCGCUUCUAAAAAAUGUUUACUGGGCUUAAGACCUUGCUUCGCAUUGUGUAUUCAUUUAUUUUAGUCAAUUACAAGUGCAUAUAGGAUUAGGUCUGUUCCCCAAUCUCUCUCGGUGGGAAGUAGACCAUGACGUAAUCCAAAUGAACUUAAUAAAGGCAACUGUUUUUGGAAAGGUAUCAGAUCUGGCAGUCUUGAAUUUGUUGUGAUUUUACUUUAUUAGCAUUUACUUGUCUUUUUAGCUUAUAUCUGCUUAUUGCUCUGAGCUCAGGAAAGUAAAGUUAAACUUCUCUGAAAGUCGGCAACAGUCAUUAUGUUAUUUUCCCGUACUCACGGCAAUUUAAAAUCCAACACCAUAUAUCUGAUUCAAUGAACUGAAGUUGGGCAAUUGUGCACUGGGAAGCUACUGUUUGAUUCGCUGAUACACGAGGGAGAGCAGCGGUAUAAACCAUAUAUAGUCGGCGAUCCCUGGAUGGUGUCCCUGCUUAACAUAGCUCUGUGACCCCCCCUUUGAAAAAUCCUGGCUACGCCCCUGCUUUUAAAGUUAUAUAACAGACUGAUGUAUUUAUUGUGUCUUGUUCAUUUUGCUUUGCUAAUACUCUUGUUCUGAACAUUAUGCCCAUUCCUGUUUUAUUGAUGUUCAGGUUAUUCAAACGCUUUUUCGAUUUUUAUUACAGAAGCUCAAAAAUUGGUAACCCACCUUCCUGCCUACGGACACUUUUAUCAAAUGCAUUCCCUCGUUUUCUUUCGAAAAAUUUUAAGAUCCCCCACCAAGCCUAGCUAACGAGGAAACCAACUCAAUUUGCAUGAAUUAAUCUCCAUAUCUUUAGCUAAAUCUUGUCGAGGUGAGUUACAUUAAUCGGAUUUUUAAGUACCCAUUAAUUGUGAUAUGGCAUGCGCAAUGACCCGUAAUCCCGCUCGGUAACAAUAUCUUUAACCAGGAGCCUAUAACUUGCUUUAGCCUUAGGUCAUUUAGUGACUCACUAGACUGUUCACAGUCCCUAUUUUUUCGCCGAGAUCGUUGAGAUAUAGCGCGUCUUACCGUUAAUGACGGCCAUCUUGAUUUUCAAAUAUACCGAGGGGGCGGACGUCGGGAAUUAUAGCUCUGGGGGGGUGGGCGAGAACCUCUAUUUUUCUCGCUUCCUCCCAAAACGCCCCCUGCCCCCUAAGUAGUUUUGACACUCAUGCAAGAUGUAGCCCGAAACGCAAAGCGCUCGAUCUCGACGAUCUUACGGAAAAAUAGAGGACUGUGAACAGUCUAGUGACUCACAGGCUAGAGGUAGGUUUUGUUGACGCCUAUCAUGUAUGGUCUCAUGUAUUCUGAAAUGAACUGUCGAGCAAAAGUCGAACGUAAUUCUUUUAAGUUCAGAUGGAAGAGCGGGAACUUUUGGAAUGAAUUGAUAACGACGAAGUCAGGUACUCAGCGUUUAGCUUUUAUCAGUUGCAUCCGAUCUUUCAUGAAGUACAAUAAAAACUGCCAACUCCUGAAAGACUCACUCUGACCAGCAGAGCAUGGCCGGACAAUAUCAAUUUAAUCCCUUUGUCUUUUUUAGAGUGAGAAAAGAGAUCCACAAUUUUGUCAUUAAAAGAAACCAUUUAGAAUUCAUAGUUUAUUAUUAAUAUAGUUAUUUUUCGUAUAACCUUUCUUGAAAGCCUACUUUUAAGAAAUUUCUUCACAUGACUUCAGGCCACUGAUUGAAAGCCUGUUAGGUGAUGGGCUCCUGGUCUCCCUAUAUUUUGUUUGUGUAAAAUUCCGUACUUAUUACACUCUUCUUUAUGACGUCUGCAUUGCGUGAUGUCAUUUGACUUAACCUUCAUUUGGCCAUAAAGUGCCAACAAGUGAAACUGAAUAUCCAUCUUCACAAGAAGAAGUAGUGGAAGAUGCUAUUAGCGACGUUAUUUAUUUUCUGUUCCUGUUGGUAUGAUGUUCGAUCCGAAAACAGGUCUCGUGACAUCGUAUCCAAAUGCAUCUGGUCCGUUCAAAUCCGUCGGCAAAUUUCUUGGCGUUCCUUUCGCCGCUCCACCUACCGGAGAGCUAAGGGUUAAAGCCCCAAAACCGUUGAACGCGUCAUUUAAUCCUCACCGAAUGUCUUUUUGGAAUGAUUACUACCCUAAAUUGGAGGAGGUGAAGUUCCAUGUCAAUAAAGAGGUGCCGUUAGAGGUGCUAAGGCUGUUGUUACCAUGGGAACUACUAUUCAAGUUUUAUUCGCUCUAACAGAAUUUUUGAUUUACUAAGACCUUACUUUCUAUUUUGUACCGCCAUUCAUUCAAGUCUAUUAUAAUAAGUUAAGAUUUCUAUUAUAAUAAGUUAAUUUUUGGUGGGAAGUACAGCAAAGGAAAAAAAGGGCAGUUUCAGGUUUUGUAUAAAAAAUUACAGCUAUUGAAUGAGGCGGAGAAUGAUAUGCGGAAUUACGCACUCACGGAUUGAAUAACUACUGAUUAUUGAAUUAAAAGCGGUACAGACAAAAAACUAUUGUUGCUACUGCAUAUAUGUUACUGUCGUAACCAUUCGUCAAUAGGAUGCUUAAUGCUCAAGCAAUUCCACAAAUUGGCUCAGGCUCCAUGAAACCUUAAGUUGUUUAUUUUACGUGUUUAAGUUUUGUAAGUCUUCAUUGCAUUUGGUUGAGCAUUUGAUUUCAAGGUUUGCAAUUUUAUUGAUAUCAGAUCGGAUUGCUCUGAAAGUACAGUUAAACAGUUAUGCCAUGCGUCUUCAAUGUCCACUUUUUUGGACUUUAUACAGGUCAUAAAUUCCUGGACUACAGUGGCCCUUUAUUUGAGCAAAUUAAGCGAGAACAUGUCUCUCUGACGCGCGUGUCACCCUCCUCAUCAGUUUUAUACCAUGGCGUCGUAAGUAUUCGUCCAUGAGUUCAGCAAUUAUGAUGUAAUUAUUCUGAAAAUGUGGUUGCCGUCUUAUUGAUGUACUUACAUGUAGAUUUCGUUACUUAGAUAUUUUAAAAUAUGACAUACAAAGUAUUUUUAAACCUAAAAUUGUUACACCCUCCCUCUACGGCCCUUUCUUGCCCCUAACUCGCUCAACUUCUCGUUUAAGCUCAGCACUUUUUAUCUUCCCUCAAUUUUAUUUACUUGAUUAAAAUUUACUUGCGUCAGGGUACGUAGCCAAUGAAAGCGUCCGUGGAAAUCAACCUUAAGGAAAAACAAUUGUUUUAUCCAUGCCACUUUAUGGGUCCUUAAAAGUUUUGCUGAGUAUACACGUUUUUUGGGACCCUAAAGACCCACUUCCGUCUUUUAAGUCGACGUGUGGGCCGAUAUUAGGUUUUAGUCUCAUGGCAUUUUGCUUUUAUUAAUUGCAUGAUGUGUCAUGAUAUAGUUUUCAAAAGACCUUUGUUUGUCAGUAUUAAAACCGCCAGCUCAGUGAAUAAUAUCCUUAAAAAAACGCAGAGAGCCAUGAACAAUACGAAGUUUCCUUUUGUUCUUUAAAUUGCAAAGUUAGCAAAUCUAAGGUGCUCCGGCUCGCUCACGCAGUAGGACUAAAGAAAUUCGACAAUUUAAGUUAUAUGUGUAUGGCCCAGAUCGAUCAUUCAGGGUGUAGAUGCGUGAACUGAUCCAGAUUUUUCUCAUAGUUUGCCUUUUAUUUUCUUGUUACCUUUUUAGAAAUAUAUUUUUAUCUACCAGAUUACAUAGUAAAUAAAACGCCAAUUAGCACAAUGAGGGGUGCUCAAAUUGUGUUCAUGUAAAAUAUCGGGACUCUUUCACCAUCACAUGUACAUGUAUCAAGUUUGAUUGACGUCAAGGAUUUAAAAAAAAUUCCAUAAAUAGACUCGCUGCGAGUUGAAAGGUAACUUAAACCUGUUGACUUGACCUUCAUUUGGCUAGCCAGAGUGUCAACAAGUCAAGCUCGGUUAGGUUGUUUCAUAUUAGUGAAAGGAGCAGCUCCACAAGAAGAAGUGUUCAAAGAUGCUGCUAGCAACGUUUUUUAUCUUUUGUGCAUGUUGGCUUCAUGUUCGAGCAGAAAUAGUGUCAACGAAGUAUGGAGAUAUCGAAGGACUCGUGACUUUGUAUCCAAAUGCCUCUGGUCCGUUCAAAUACGUCAGCAAAUUUCUUGGGGUUCCUUUCUCCGCUCCACCAACUGGAGAGCUAAGGUUUAAAGCCCCACAACCGCCAAAAGAGUGGAAACCGAAGGUUUAUUCGGCUAAAACCCAUGGGAGCGUCUGCUUACAGUUCAAACUUUCCGAAAACUUAAUCAAGCCUUUUACUUCAAAUUUCACUUUCAGCGAGGAUUGCUUAUAUCUUGAUAUCUACAGCCCGAACAUCAGCCUUAGUUUGCCAGUGAUGGUUUACAUUCACGGUGGAGGUUACGUUUUAGGAACAGCGAUCACUUCUCCCAGCGAUAUCUUGGCUCUCCAUGGGGUGGUGGUGGUCAUUAUCCAGUAUCGUCUAGGUCCCUUUGGUUUCUUGACGACGGGUGAUUCGGCGGCACCUGGUAACUAUGGAAUGUUGGAUCAAGUGGAAGCACUGAAGUGGAUCAAAGAAAACAUUGAGAAUUUUGGCGGGAAUCCGAGCAAAGUGACCAUAUUUGGAGAGAGCGCUGGAGGAUCUAGCGUGGGGCUCCAUCUUCUAUCGCCUCUAUCUCGUGAUCUCUUUCAUCAAGCCAUUCCAGAGAGCGGUGUAGAUUUAAGUUCCUUUGCGGUUCAGCCAACGUCUUUUGGUCUCCGUUUCACUAAAGAGCUUGCACAAAAACUGAAUUGUGGUUCCAGUGACCAUUAUGCAAUGGUUUCUUGUAUGCGCAGUAAAACAGCGUCCGACAUGCAAAAAGCCGCCGAGUCAAUCAAAUUUGGUUUCGUUAAUUAUCUUUACUGGGCACCAGUCGUAGAUAAAAAUUUUCUUCAUGAUACACCCCAAGUUUUGAGAAAAAAAGGAGAAUUUAAGCAAGUGCCGCUUAUCAUCACCUUCACAAGUCACGAGGGGUCGACUUUUCUUAGAGACAUGGUCAACAAUUCUCUAGGGCUGAUGCAGAGCGUGGACAAUGGAGUCAGUCCGACUUUGUUCAAAUCAUUUCUUAUCAAGUUUGCUCAAGUUCAAAACAGUAGGUAAGAUCAGUGAAAAUUAAAUAUUUGCUCAGUAGUUUUUAAAGUACAGCAGAACCCCGAUGGCUCGAACUCGGAUAACUCGAAUUCGCCGCUAACUCGAACUAAAACUCUUUUCCCCUGAUCAAAAAAAGUCAGUGAAAUUUACCCCGAUAACUCGAAUUCUGGUUCUUUUAACUACACUCUGAUGCCAUCCCAUUAACUCUUCUUGUUGUAAAGGGUCUGAAAACACUAAAACUAAGACUGGUCACUAUUGAAGGCAAUUUGAUUUAAAUUGGGGAAACGAACAGAUCACGUUUUAUCAAAAAAGUGCCUAAUCAUGUUACCGUUUCUGAUGAAAUAAGUGUACCUUACACUGAAGUAUGGCAUAUUGAAUUUUUCAAUCGACCGCGAUAACUUGAACUCUCGCUAAUUCGAACUGUUUUUCCUUUCCCUUCUGAGUUCGAGUUACUGGGGUUCUACUGUAGAUGUAGUCACACUUUUGGAAUUUAUUGACUUGCUCAUAAACGUGGAUUCUCAGCACAAUAGCACUGAACCCGGCGUUUUAGACCCUCGCGUGGCUCCACAGGGACUUCGCUUCUACAUUAGGCUGCUGCAUGCAGGACAAUUAAGCCUCUUGGAGCCCACAGAUACACGGUUGAAGCAGGGGCGUCCUACCUUAAAGACAGAGGUUUCGAUAGUUUUGCAGACAACGUUGUAAAACUAUCAGUCAAUGAAACAAAAUGGACUGGCUCGUUAGCAUUCUUUUUCUUGAGAUUUAAUUUUGAAUUGACUAUUUGAUUUCGGCUGAAAAAUAAUGGAGAUGUUGGGGGUGAAGACGCACGUCAUAAUCCGGGGGGGGGGGGGGGGCAAUAUUUGGGUAUAGAUGAGCCGCUGAGGGUUUGAAACCCUGGCCCCGUUUAGUACAACAAAAUUCUAAAAUACAUACCCUGUCAGGUGCCGACGUUUAGGACACAGGAAAAAAUGCACGCCGUCUUGUUUUUAAGCCAUUUAUUAGCAAUUUCAAUAGAGAAAAUUCACGUUAUAGUCAUUGCUUCUGUAUACUUGGAGGGGAAGCAUAUUUUAUCCUGUUUACAAUUAGGAUAGGCUCGCAUGAAAUUAUAUACCCUGUUAAGGACAGAGCGGUCAAAAACCACACCCUGUCCAGAGGCAAAUCCCCGUAUAGGUCAUAUAAGCAAGUACCCCAGCGGGGUCAUAACAGGCCACCGAUCAUGUUUCUCUCUUGUGUUACAUUAACAUUUAUUUGCAAGCAGUGUUUUACUUUCGCCUUCAAGAUAAAACCAGUGAGGCAAGUACCUCGGAUUGCUUCAUACUGGGCACGGCUCUGGUCUGUGGAAAAAUUAUUAAAUAUCUGUCACUUUUUUUAGGAAGAAGAAUGCUGAUCUUCUCGCCGAUGCCUUGGAGUUCAUGUACACCCCUUGGCCUGACAACAGUAACACAUACGCAUUAAGAAGUGGACUUGUUGAUGUUAUUGGAGAUAACCUUUUCGUUGCCCCCAGUCACAAGGUCGCUGAUGUUCACAGUCAGGUCGCUCCUGUUUAUAUGUAUGAAUUUGCUCAUCGGGCAAAGUCAAGUUUGGUGGCACGUGCAGAGUGGAUGGGCGUUGUUCAUGGCGAAAACAUUCCCUUUGAUUUCGGUGUUCCUUUGCUUCCCAAAUUUUCGCCACAUUAUAGUCAGGCUGACAGAAAUGUCAGUCUGUUUAUCAUGACCAUGUAUGCAAACUUCGCCCGGUCUGGCGAUCCUUCAGUCAACGGUGUCGCGUGGGAGAAAUACAACUCGAGUCACAGAGCUUACCUAAAAGUGGACACAAGUCCCAAACUGAAGACGUCAUAUAAUUCUCGCCGAAUGUCUUUUUGGAAUAAUUACUAUCCUAAAUUGGAGCAGGUGAAGUUCGAUGUCAAUAAGGAGGUGGUCAGCGGUGCAAAGGAUGUUGUUACCAUGGGAACUGCUCUUCAAGUUGUAUUUGCUUUAAUAGUAUACUUGAUUUACUAA